AUGACCGAGCCUCGCUGCAGCCUCUUCAACGUUGGUGCUGGGCGCUACCUCAAGAACUCGGAUUGGCGAGCAACCUUAGACACCAUGGACGCCAGGGCAUCCAUGUUCAAGCUGCAGUGGUGCGAGCGAGGUGAAAAUGACGUGGCGAAGACCAUCCUCAUCCGCACCGACCAACACCCCCAGUCUCUCCUCGACAGUGCCGACCUCUGUUUUCAGGGGGCCGCUCUGGACGGAAACAAGUGCUGGGAGCAGAGGCGGUGGUGGAGGGUGCUCUACCUGCAACUGGAGGGGGACCACUCCCCCGUGGUGGCCUUCAAGAGCUUUCAGAACGGCGAGCUGCUGGCCGCUACCCCAGACGGCACAGGCGUGGAGCUGAUUGGCGGUCCCGACAACCAGCCGGUGGCCCAGAUCCCCGCGAGGGCGUUGUGGAGGCUGAGUGUGGUGGAGCACGCGCUCUCCCCCGCCCAGGUGGCGAGCCUCUGCUUUGCCCCGUUUGUGGCGGCCGCGGCGGCUGUCGGGGGUGGUGCCGCCGCGGUGGGGAUCAUCACCUUCUUCGCGGCUCAGACCACCAUCGGGAGUGCGUUGACGUUUGCGGCUAUCUCGACGGGUGCCGCCGUGGCGGGGAUCGCCGGCGGUGCCACUACGGUGAGCGACUGCUUGAAAGGAAUCAGCGCGGGAUACUUUGUGGAUUGGUGA